UUCUAUGCAACGUGCUCGCCUGGUUUUGCAGUAAAAAAAAUAAAUAAAUAGUGACUUUCGAGUCAUUUUAUUAAGGAUAUAAUAAUGAUGAGGCGUGACUGCGACCGGGACAGAGAGCGUGAUGAGCGGUCGAGGGACCGUGACCGGGACAGGGAUUGUGUCCGUGACAGGGUGAAGUCCUCCGGGGUGCCCAACAACCCAAUCGCAGGCAGUGGAGGCUUCUUUAAGCAAAUGCCCUUUCAACAGCAGAUCAACCCCUUUACCAACCUGCCCCACACACCACGCUACUAUGAGAUCCUCAAGAAGCGACUGCAGUUACCUGUCUGGGAGUACAGGGAGAGGUUCACUGACAUCUUGAUGCGUAACCAGUCCUUUGUGCUGGUAGGAGAGACCGGCUCUGGAAAGACCACCCAGAUCCCUCAGUGGUGUGUUGAAAUGGUGCGGUCAAUGCCGGGACCAAAGAGGGCAGUGGCCUGCACCCAGCCCCGGAGGGUGGCAGCCAUGAGCGUCGCCCAGAGGGUGGCUGACGAGAUGGAUGUCAUGUUGGGCCAAGAGGUGGGCUACUCCAUCAGGUUUGAGGACUGCAGCUCUGCCAAGACUGUGCUCAAGUACAUGACAGAUGGAAUGUUGCUGCGGGAGGCCAUGAACGAUCCCCUGCUGGAGCGCUACGGUGUCAUCAUCUUGGAUGAGGCCCACGAACGCACAUUAGCCACAGACAUCCUCAUGGGUGUCCUCAAGGAGGUGGUCCGCCAGAGGCCUGACCUCAAGGUCAUUGUCAUGAGCGCCACGCUCGAUGCCGGUAAGUUCCAGGUGUACUUUGACAGCUGCCCAUUGCUGACUAUCCCUGGACGCACACACCCCGUGGAGAUUUUCUACACGCCCGAACCGGAGCGUGACUACCUCGAGGCCGCCAUCCGCACUGUGAUCCAGAUCCACAUGUGUGAGGGAGAUGAAGGGGACGUUCUGCUCUUUCUCACCGGACAAGAGGAAAUCGACGAAGCCUGCAAGCGAAUCAAGAGGGAGGUGGACGACCUGGGGCCUGAAGUCGGUGACAUCAAAAUCAUCCCACUGUACUCGACGCUGCCCCCGCAACAGCAGCAGAGGAUCUUUGAGCCGCCCCCACCUAAUAAACCAAAUGGCGCCAUUGGAAGGAAGGUCGUCGUGUCAACAAACAUCGCAGAGACGUCCCUGACCAUCGACGGCGUGGUGUUUGUAAUUGAUCCGGGAUUUGCCAAGCAAAAGGUGUAUAACCCUCGUAUCAGAGUGGAAUCGCUUUUGGUGACGGCCAUCAGCAAAGCCUCAGCCCAGCAGAGGGCAGGUCGCGCCGGACGGACACGCCCGGGGAAAUGUUUCCGCCUUUACACCGAGAAAGCUUACAAGACAGAAAUGCAGGACAACACAUAUCCAGAGAUCCUGAGGUCUAAUCUGGGCUCAGUGGUGCUGCAGCUGAAGAAGCUGGGUAUUGAUGACCUGGUGCACUUUGACUUCAUGGACCCACCAGCCCCAGAGACCCUGAUGCGAGCCCUGGAGUUGCUGAACUACCUGGCGGCGCUCAAUGACGACGGUGACCUGACGGAGCUGGGCUCCAUGAUGGCAGAGUUCCCCCUGGACCCCCAGUUGGCCAAGAUGGUCAUCGCCAGCUGUGAAUUCAACUGUUCGAACGAGGUCCUCUCCAUCACUGCCAUGUUGUCAGUCCCACAGUGCUUCGUCCGACCCACGGAGGCUAGGAAGGUGGCCGACGAGUCCAAGAUGCGCUUCGCCCACAUCGACGGAGACCACCUGACGCUGCUCAACGUCUACCACGCCUUCAAACAAAACCACGAGUCCAAUCAGUGGUGUUAUGACAACUUUGUCAACUACCGCUCACUGAUGUCAGCGGACAACGUACGGCAGCAGUUGUCCAGGAUCAUGGAGCGCUUCAACCUGCCGAGGCGGAGCACUGAUUUCACCAGCAGAGACUAUUACAUUAACAUCCGCCGAGUGCUGGUCACCGGCUUCUUCAUGCAGGUCGCUCACCUUGAACGCACCGGCCAUUACUUGACUGUGAAGGACAACCAAGUCGUACAGCUGCACCCCUCCACUGUGCUGGACCACAAGCCUGAGUGGGUGCUCUACAAUGAGUUUGUGCUCACCACCAAGAAUUACAUCCGCACAUGCACCGACAUCAAACCAGAGUGGCUGGUGAAUAUUGCCCCGCAGUACUACGAGAUGGGUAACUUCCCCCAGUGUGAAGCAAAGAGACAGUUGGAGCGUAUCAUUGCAAAACUCUCAUCCAAGGAAUACACUCAGUACUAAGAAGGUUUGCAUGGGCUUCAACAGCAUCGUCAUUAUUUGUACAAAGUUCAUUUUAUGAACUUAUUGAGCGCUUGUUUAUUUAGUUUUUUUUUUUUCCCACAAAAGACCUUAUUUUGAAUUCUAUUUUUGUCCCACUGUCUUUUAAUGUAUUUUCAUAAGAGUUGAUGUUACAUUUUAGGACCUUGUCUUUUUUUUUUUUUUCUCUCCAGCCAACAGGGUUAAGCACCAACCAAGAGAAAUGUACUGUAAAUGACCAGGAAUUAGUCCUCAACCAUUUCUGUCUAGACAUGCAUUCGCACCAGAUCUGGCACUACAACACAGGGGGUAGAAUGACGGGGGCGUGUUGUUUGAGGUACCGUCGGAACAAUGAAAUCCACUCCAGGAAGUCGAAGUUGGAGUUACAGAUUUUAUGCAUUUAAGGAUUCAUCAGAAGCCGAAACACCGCGUGAAAGUCAGGCAAGAUUUUUUUCAAGUCUGGAAAGUUUUCACAGCGGCAACUGUCUUGUCUUUCAUCGUGAUGAUCAUGAGGUAAACCGUUGAAUAUGGCACUCACGUUGCAAAGAAAUCCACCAGGAACGUGUGCUUGCAUUUUAUAUGAUUGGCCGCUGCAGCGUGAUGUCAAGAAAUUGAACCAUUCCUCCAUUGAAAUGAAUGGGAAGACUGCUGUUUUUAAGGCAUUUCCGGAUUUGGUGCGAAUGCAGCCUAAGCAUGAGUUCUCAUAUUUAAUGUAGAUUUCAACAUUCCUUCUUCAAACAUCUGUAAUAAUAUGUCCCAACUCUGGAGUCUUGGCUGUUGUUCCGCUUCUACUGCUAAAAGGUAUUAAUCCAUGGAGAGAAGCUUUUGAUCAAAUGUAAUUUAUACUGUAUUUUGAUGCAGGCAUAAUUUAAUGUUCUCUUGUCAUGGAGAUACUAAUUUCCUGUCAACCGUUCAACUUAAUAAAAAUGACU